UUGGAGAACAUGGGAGUUAAAAUAUAGAUUUCAACAGCUAGAUGUCCUAGAGUAUGGUAGCCAGCUCCUCAAAAGCACAAGUUUGUUGCUUUUCUAUGCAGUCCUUUCUCAUCUGUCGGGAGGACCAUGUGCCCCAGACCCUACGCUGCCUCUACCCAGUCAGAGAUGGUUAGAUGUGGGGAGAGGUACUGUGUCAGAGUAUGCAAGAUAAGUACAGGGAUGGAGUUCCCUGUGGACAUGCUGGGGUCAAUAAGACCGGAGGAGGAGGAGCAAGCUGCUCAUCGCUACAUGACCCAGCUACGAUAUAUCAGCCUGGACCAGGCGGACACCUUUACCCUGCCCAGCCACAGAAAGAUCCGUAUCAGUCUGAGUAAUGUUGGAUUCAUGCCCAUCUACGGAGGAGACCUGAAACACAAGAUUCUAGCCCUGUUUGCUCCAGAUGACCAGCUCACAGCUGUGGCUCUAUUCUUGGCUGGUCAGUGGUGGUCCAUAGAAGACCUUCUCAAAACCUCAGACCCAUCCAGAACUGGUCUCAUCAAGGUACGUAGCCUUGGUGAGCGGAUCAUCCUGUACGUCCUGAACCGUAUCGUGUACCGGGUGGGUGAGAUGGACCAGCCCGAGGUGCCCUUCCUGUGUCACGGCCAGCAUGAGUUUGCCAAGCUCCUGUGGAAGGACGGACACGCCAUCGGCUUCUACUCCGUCAAACCCAAAGACAGCCUAUGUAGUAACUUUGUUACCCAGCGUUACCAGCUCCCUGUCAUGGACUCCAUCUUUGUCAGGAAGCGUCACCGUGGAAACGGCCAUGGUCUGGAGAUGCUGGAGGACUUUGUGGACUCCUUCAAGGAUGACCAGCUGGGCCUAAAGUACCCUCUCUCUCUAACUAUGUAUAAAGUGUGCCGCCAGUACUUAUGUCGGUACCCUGCCGACCAGGACCUCCUGUGGGUGGUGGAAGGCGUUGGAGGUCCCUACCAGAGGGAGAGCAUCUCCAGCAAAAUCAAAGCUCUGGGUCUGAAAGGGGUCAUUCGCAUGGGGAAGGCGAACGGCGAUCACAGAGAAGACAAUCUGAACAGCACCGACAUACACAUGGAGGACAACUGUCUGGACCUUACUGGGGAUGUUUUGGUGGUGAAUAAGCCUCUCACAUUUACAGAAGUCCUGGACGAAACACCGCUAUCACCAAACAGAAGUGGCAGUCAUAACAAGCGUAGCAGGGAAGAGAUGGAAGAUUUCACAGAUGAGAGCCAACCGCUGAAGAUGAACAGAUUUGAGGAUGAGGAAGCAAUAGAAGGGACAACGCCUACCACAGUAGAAGGAGGAGUGGAGGAGGCAGAGGAGGACAAGGAGUCCAGAGAACCGAUUUCCGUAGUGGAGGAGGAUGCUACCACUCAGGACUUGGAAGAGGUUAACAGAGAAUUGACAGAUGACCAGGAUAAGGAGGAGCGAGUUGAGGAAAAGAUGGAGGGAGAGAUGGCCCCAAAGCAGCCUGAGGCAAUGCUGGAGAACAUAUUGACAGAGGAAGGCUCGGAAAUUGAGGAAGAGGCGGUGGUGAAGGAUAAAAAGUCCACUGAGGCCAAAGGCACCGUAGAAGCCUCUUCAGUGGAGUCUGCUGAACCUGUGGUGGAAAAUGAGGAUCCACUCGGGUUAGUGAAACAACCAGCCUCCACUCCAGAGGAGGACCACUCGCCCACAAAGCCAAAACCUGUGGAGUCCUCCAUCUCUGGGGAGGACGCUGUAGAAGAUGCUUGUGUGCUUUCAGAGGGGGCAGAGAGGCAACUUCCAGAGGAGGCUGGAGCUUCACUCAUGGAAGGAGAAGAAAAGACUGAAGGAGACUCCGAGGGACCGGGGAAAUUCUCUGAGGAGCCCUCCGCUGUGGACAGCAUCAGCCAGGAAACAGAGCUGCAGGACGGGCUGGCAGACCUGUCUUUCCAACCUCUAGAGGAAGCAGAGAACCAGCUUCCUGCUGAAGAAGAAGAAAAAGCAAAGGAGGUCCUGGACCAGGAGGAAGAAAUAAAAGAAGUAGCUGAGAAGGCUCAAAUGGUGGAGGAGGAGGAGGAGGAGGAGGAGGAGGAGAGCGAGAUCUCAGAUGAUGGUGAAGAUAAGGUCCCCUCAUCCAGGAGAGGUGGCAGCAAUAGUCAAACGCCCCCAAAACGGAAAUCUGAGAGACUGAGCAGAGGGGUCAUCGAACUCCAGGAGCUGGACACAGAGCAGUCUGAGGUCACGGAGGAAGAGGAGGAGAAAGCUACAGUGACGGAGGAGGAAGAAGGGGCUGUGGAGCAUAGUUUGGUUGAGGUUGAUAAGGCAGAAGAUGAUGAUGACGAGGAGGAGGAGGAGGGGGAGGAAGAGGAGCAGCCGCCCGUGAUCGACCAGAGGGCACUGAGGAGGAAGAGCAAAACAAGCCAGACUCCAAAGAAAGCCAGAGGGAAACGACGCAGCAAGAUCUAGACACACGCUAACGUUCCUUUAUAUCUUCACUCAUGUUGUUUCGGUGUUUUUUCUUUUCCUGUAAAUGUUUUUUUUUGUACAGGAAUUCUUAUCACUUGCUGUUGCAAGUCAAUGUGAAGUCUUUUUUAAUGUUCAAAUGUGAUUUUAUUCUUGUUUUUACUAACUGCAGUUUUGCAUGCCUGUUGUUGGUUCAUAGUUGAUUAUCACCCUCAAGCCCUACUCCCAUUUCUCCUAUUGCCAGGACCCAUAGAUAAAUAAAAUGAGUAGCAACCCCAAACCAUUCAGUGGCGGCAUGAUGGGUGGAUUGGUAGCCAUUGCGAUUGUAGCCAUGAGUUUACUGUAGAACGGUCUGGAUUAGAGGUUGCAUGGACGUUCUAUGGAUUCUACUUCUGUUCCGUUUUGACUUGUCGUCUAUUGUUGUAUUUAAAUUCAGUGCUGGUCUUGCAUGUGAUUUAAAUACAACAAUAUGCAUGUGAUUCUAGUAAUUAGCUGGUUGAUAGACUGAAUCAGGAUAGUUAUUACUGGGGUUUGGAACAAGGCCAUGGUUUUACAUGCGCUCUUAGUUUUCUUUUUCUAAAAGCCUUUAUGUAAUUAGCUCGAGCAGACGUCACCUCCUUUGACUUCUAGACCCUUUUUAGGACUAAAUGUAGCUUGUAUGAAAAAGGAAAAUAUUCCCAAAAUUCCUGUAAUUUUCUGUGUGGGACACAACACCUAGUACUGAAUUUUGGGAUAGGUACAUUGGUUUUGAAUGUCCUGAACAACUACGGAAAAGGCUUUGAAUUACCAUUGGGAGACACAGUAGAGCAUACGAAUGCAUGCACACACACACACAUUCACAUAUGCAUAUUGAUAUAUAAACAUGUAUAAAAACAAAUAUUAUAUUCAGUUAAUAUACUGUACUUAUGAACUAGAUUUUGAAUUGGGUGAAAGUAUUCGAUUGAUAGUUUAGGAAUAAAAUCAGAUUUUAUACAUGCGUUUCCCAAGUAAAAUGCUAAAUUAUACUUUAUCUCCAGUUAAUAGCAUGCUUAAUUAAAAUUAUACUGGAUGCAAGGAUUAUGUAAAACAAUAACUAUUACUAUAAAUGUUGUCCUUAUUUAAUUGUGUACCACUCCAAAAAGAAUUGCCUUUAGGGACACACUUUUAAAUAGUUAUAGUAAUCAAAUACUUUUUUACUUACCAUGUUGAUAUGAACUGAUAAACUUUUUGUGUCUGCAUGUAGUUUAAAGGAGUUUUUAUAUUCUAGAGAUUUUUUAUAUAGUUGUAAAAACCAACCGUAAAACAAAAUAUCACUAUAAAAUGUUUAUGAAGCUAGUUUAUUUCCACCUGAAGUUUAUGCUGCCAGUAUGUUGAUUUCCAUCAUUGAUGAAAAGUAGAUUCAAAUCUGUCAAUCAGCAUAAAAACAAAAGCUUUGUCCCCCCAGUGUUGUUUCCACCAAUGUACCUAAGAAGCAGAGCAUGGAAAUGUAGUGCACAUAAAAGGACUUUAGUUGUGGAUAUAUUUGUUUCUGCGUCCAGAUGGGAGGGGACUGAUGAUUGGAUCGGGGUCACGAGUGACAUGACUGUGAAUGGAAACGUGGUUAUAAGUAUUAGGCAUUUUGAACCAAAAAUGUAAUAGGAACAGUUUUGGGCUAUUGAUGUACCAUCAUAAUUGUUCAUUAUGGAACCUUUACACCAGGGACAUUUUCAUUACGCACCAAUAAUGAAAAUAGGCUUCAACGGAGAAGGUCUACCUGAACUUGCCCAAUUAAACAAAUAAUUUUCUUUUGCAAUCAUUAUGCUAUAAUGUGCACUAAUGAAUUUGACCCAUUUUAAGGGGAAGAACGGCCUUUGCCCUUGUUAAUGAGCUGGUUUGAACCAUUUGCAUUGACUGUUUCUUCUCUAUGGAAAACUCCUGGAGCCUUGCCAGAUUGUUCAUGCAACUAUUUCCUGCUACCCAAAGAAACUCAAUGUCUUUGUAAGGUUUCCUAUUCUAGUUAUUCUAUAAUGUUAACUUAUCUUUUAGCUGGACAUUAUUUGGGUUUCCUUAACUUGACCUUUUAUUUAUCCAUGCUAGUCUGCUGCUUCGUCUAUGUAAAAGCAUGUCUUUUGUUUUGUUAGGGUUGCCCAGGACGGGUCAUGUAAAAGACCAGAAACUGUAGCCUAAAAUACGAGGUUGAUUUCAAUAGUUGGCCGCAGAUUCCUUUUUCGAUUCCUUUAUUUGCACUGAUCUGAAAACAAGGGACAGGUAAAAGUAAUAUGGUAGAACACCACCUAAAGGUUUUUACCUGUCCACUGCCAGAUCAGUGUCAGGGAGAACAGUGAAGACCAGGGGUUUUUAAAAUGUGGUGCGUGUCCCCAGAAGGGUGCCAGGCAGCUUCAGGGGAGCUGUGGCUUUAUGUACAAUGGCCUAAGUAAUGACUUGGUCGUUUCUUCCCGGUUUUGAUUGUCCGCAUAGUGGAACACUGAACAUGCAACUGGCUCUGUUAGGAUGCUUAACACUGAUUGACUGAUAGAUAGUGUGAAUUGAUGUUCUAUGACGGGAGGCCUGCUGUCUUGGCCUUUAAAAAACCCUGGUCUAGACUAUUGAGAGUUACCCCACGUGUUGGCUGUGGAAAGACCAGUCUUUUCAGCUGUUCUUGUUCACUUUCCUUUAUACCUGUUGCUAUACUUUUACAUGUAUACCCUGCCACCUGUUUCCAAUACUUUCUGAAGGAGUUUAAUGUCUGAAAACUAGGAUGAAUUGAAUGUUACACAGCCAUGUGAGUAGUUUAUGCGUUUCUCCAGCAGGGGUAGCCAGAACGCUGUAGUCCUGCAUUAAAAGGAAUUCUCUGGUCACGUGAUCAUCCAGAUUGUACCUCCUUCCAGCUGAAAGUCCUUGCAAACCAUUGAUUUAGAUAAUAAGAGACAACCGUUUCUAGCCAGUUGAAACCAGUGGGAGUGCUACUCCCUCUCCCAUUGACCUAUUACUCUCCUGGACUUAAUUUGGAUUAGUGUUGGUGAUGUGUGGUGAGAUCAAUUUUUUUGUGUGUUUUUAGAGGCACUUGGCUAUUUUUAAUAGGGUGGUCAUGUGUCCAUGUUGCACCUCUAAGUCUGGUACUUCCUGUUUGGCCUGGACCACUGAUUCUGAUUCUCUUGGUGGUCCUCUCAUUCUGCCUCACAUCAAUGCCGUUUCCCACACAGUCCUGUUUCCUGGGUGGCCUACAAACUUCUUAGACCGGCUUACACCUGGGGUUUUGUUUACUAUGGUGUAAUGAAGAAAUGGUUAAUGUUAGGUACAACACUCUACAGCGUUUCAGAACAUUGUACCUUCCUGAACAUAGCCCUGAGUCAGCUUUCCCACUUGAUUCACUAACAACCAAACAGGCAUUUGAUUACCUACAUAGUGUACAACUUUUCACAGCAAGUGCUAAGGGCCCCAGUCAAAGGUAUGGAACAGGGUGCCACUUAAGAUACAGACUUAUGCUGAAUGUUUUCAGUUUUUCCUACAGUCUGGUCAGAGGAAUGGCUUGUUUCAGUAUGAACACCAAUAGUACAGGGAUAGAUUAAUUUGAUUUUAAAGAGGUCUUAUUUCUCUAUAAUAGUGAAUAAAAUGUGCCUUUGGUUUUUCUAUACACCUACUGCAUGGGGCUUUUUCCUCUGAUGUUUUAUUUUCACCAAUUAGUUAUACUUUUUUGCAGUUCAUGAGUUUCAUUUCAAAUCACCACCUUUUAUAAUUGAAUACAACUCAUUCCUGGAUCUUGUCACUUCCUCAGUUUACCUCCUAUGACAUUAUUUCACCUAUUAUGUAGUUUUUUUCCUCAGCAGUUUCAAUACAGACUUCUGUUUAUCUUAUUAGUAACAUUUCACUGAACGUCUUUCAAGCUCUGAUUUCCUUGUAGUUAAUAAAAAUAAAGAAUGUUUUUCGGAA